AGCACUGAGCACAAAGACCAGACUCAAUCAUCCAGUAUUUUACAAAAGCUCCUGACCAUUUGAUUACUACAGAAUAAUUGUGUUUGCUUUCAGUUCGGGGUCGUGCUUUUUGCACUUACAGUGAGUGGAGCUGUCGGGGGCUAGCGCUUUGUCACAGGCAGAUAAGGAUUCUCCGUGUGCUGCCUGCGCAACGCCCCCACUACAUCCUGCUCACGGAGAAGCAGCCCACUUUCUCUGUGUCACUCGUGGCACACUCUUAGAGACAGCAGGAGCAAUGCCCAGCAAGCAGCUGUAAUGGCUCCUAAAUACUUUACAAGUCUUCGGCCACACUUGCCUCUUCUGGUUCUGCUCUUGGAAACAGCGUUCAUACUGGUGUUUUUCUUUUUUGCUUCCUACGAUGCAAAAAAUCCACCAGACCUCCACCUCUACCCUGAAUUCCAAGAUGUCCAUGUGAUGGUGUUCCUGGGUUUCGGCUUCCUGGGAACUUUCCUGGCGCGAUACGGGUUCAGCAGCUCUGGAUUCAACGUGCUGGUGGCCGCCAUGACCGCGCAGUGGGCCGUGCUGAUGAACGGGUUUUUGUUUGCGUUCGGAAACAGGACAAUAGUGGUUAACCUGAGAAGCCUGUUGACGGCCAAUCUGUGUGCGGUCUCAGCCUUUGUCUCUAUGGGAGUCGUCUUGGGAAAGACCAGCCCCAUCCAGCUGCUGCUCAUGGCCCUCCUGGAGGUCUCUGGCUUCAUCCUCAACCAGUGGAUCCUCCUGAGGUUCCUGGAGGUAGACCUCACUGAAAGCAUCAGGCAGCUCCAUGUCUUUGGAACAUACUUUGGGGUGAUGUUCUCCUGGGCUACUUAUCGGCCUGGACUAGAGCCCAGACAUGAAAAAGAAAAGUCUGACACCAAGAUGGAUUUAUUCUCAAUGAUAGGGACACUGUUCCUGUGGAUGUUCUGGCCCAGUUUCAACUCUGUGCUGAUUGAAGACACUGCUCAGAAGAUCAGUGCUGUUUACAGCACUUAUUUCUCACUGGCUGCAAGCACAGUCGCUGCCUUUGGGUUGUCAGUCCUGACCAGCAAGAAAGGGAAAAUAAACAUGGUGCACGUCCACAAUGCAACAGUGGCCGGAGGAGUGGCUGUGGGAACUGCAGUUACAGUCAUCCAAGCGCCAUGGGUAGCAAUGACGAUAGGGGUCAUUGCUGGACUGACCUCCACUCUGGGGCUGCAGUACAUUAAGCCACGAAUGGCCUCUCUAUUCCAAGUCCACGAUACCUGCGGGGUCCAAUAUGUCCAUGGUAUCCCAGGAAUCCUGGGCGUCUUUGCCAAUAUUACCAUUCAACUGGCCACCAACUGGACCAGCUUUAUACUCACUGCGAAAGAGGCCGUGUUCCAGCUCACUGCCCUCUCAGUGACUGCUGCUCUCAGCCUCAUUCUGGGACUGGGAACGGGUUAUCUUUUAAAAUGGAACUUUUGGAAGGCACCUCAUGAUAAGAAGUGCUUUGAUGACCAGGCCUAUUGGAAGUUUCCACACCUGGCGAUGAAACUCUAACACAGCUCUAAAGCGGUCUGAUGGACUCUUCUAAACUGGAAAUGACAAUAUAACCUUAUACAAGGGAAAUAUAUGUAAAUUUUGUAUGGAAUACAUGUAUUUUUAGCAUAUUUUAUAAAUGCUCACUCUCUUUUCUUUGCUAAAAUUGGGUUGCCAGUAGAUUCUGAUUGCUCUGGCUAGAUGUUGCAAUGAACUGAGCUUUAGCUAGUUUAGCUAGUAUACAGUAUGUCCCUGUAAUGGAAAGACUGUUCAAUCUAUUGGAGCUCUGAACAUUUGCCUUACUUUCAAUGAAUGUCUUUACAGUCACAAAAGAACUGAAGUUAAGUUACUUACAAACUUACAAAGACAAAAUGUUUCUGAACUUAGCCUACUCAGACAACAAGAGAAUUGUGCACUGAGGAACAAUAACAUUUACACUCAUUUUUUUCCCCCAUUAGGGACAUAUUCCAAUGUUUAUUGACAGGCCAAACUAGAGGGCGCCGUCACCACCAUCACUGGUGUCUACCAUAAGAUGCAUAGAGCUCUCUCAGACAUACUCAGCUGAAAUUGAGCUGACACUGCCAUUGCACAAUAAUUAUUUAAUUAUUAAUCAGUACUCUUUUCCCUCUCCAUGUACACAUUUUUUUCAUAUUUUAAUUUUUUAAAUUAAAUUAAGAUCCUAAAAUAAAAAACCUAACCCUCAAUAUUGCACUUUUUAAUUGAAGUGCCGAACUGCAAACUUUCACAACACAAGAAGGAUAUUAAUAAAAUGUCCCUUUCACAGGUCUCACUUGUUUCUGGAUUUUGUUUUUUUAUAGAAUCUGCUAGAACUAUAGCUUAUUAAAAGUGAACCCAGAUGCUUCUGAACAAAUACCACUAUGCAAAAAUUAGUUAUAAACUAUAGGGCUCGGCACAAUCUAUCAAAUAAAAAUGUCACAAAAAAUGUU